AACAAAACCAAACCUUUCCGAAUCCUAGCGGCCAGCUCUCCAUAAGAAAUGGUCUUGUCCGCACGUGGUCAUGAACCCCGUCCACACCGGACAAAUCGAAUGGCGCUCCUGUUGAACUUUCAGAACCCGACCCCACAGUACAAUACGGUGCCACGCGCAAUGCGCACCGCCCCUUGAUCUCCUUCUUCCAUCUCCACCUUCACCACCUCUCCGUUGCAUACGAGGCACUGUUCCAUUCACUACCAAUAAACGGUUUUUUUGUUGAAUUCUACAGUUCUGGUGGUGCAUGCGAAAAAUGAACCCGGCAAAAUCGUUCUGGGGUGUACUCACGGGUAACGUUAUCAGACCUUCAUGGGCGCCUCUGAUUCUGUUAUUCGCGCUCCUGGCGAUCCUGUCCGUCGUCCAAUUCUCAAACAGACCCGUUUUCCGGGCGUGGUUGAUAUCCGGGUCGACCGGCCCCGGUGACGUGGCGUAUGAGCCGAAGACCUGCGCCGGGUUUUUCGGGGCCGUGCCGAUGAGAAAGGUGGUGAUGUCUAUCACGGAGUUCGGAGGAGUUGGCGACGGGAAAACGUCAAACACCGAAACGUUUCGGAAGGCGGUACGGCACAUGCAGGUUUUCGGCGAGAAAGGUGGAUCCCAGCUGAACGUGCCCAGGGGGAGGUGGCUCACAGGCAGCUUUAACCUCACCAGUAAUUUCACCCUCUUUCUCGAAGAGGGCGCUGUAAUUCUCGGUUCCCAGGAUCCGGAAGAAUGGCCUAUAAUAGAGCCAUUGCCUUCUUAUGGAAGAGGAAGAGAGAGAUUAGGAGGAAGACACAUAAGCCUUAUACAUGGAGAUGGUCUCACUAAUGUUGUAAUUACAGGACAAAAGGGAACAAUCGACGGCCAAGGGAGGAUGUGGUGGGACCUUUGGUGGAACAGAACAUUGGAGCAUACCAGAGGCCACCUAGUUGAGAUAAUGAACUCCCACAACAUUCUCAUCUCAAAUCUCACUUUCCUCAAUUCUCCCUUUUGGACCAUUCAUCCUGUUUACUGCAGUAAUGUUGUUAUCAAAGACAUGACAAUCUUGGCUCCUCUCAACGCACCAAAUACAGAUGGUAUAGAUCCAGACUCAAGCACCAAUGUAUGUAUUGAAGACUGUUAUAUUGAGAGCGGUGAUGAUCUUGUGGCAGUAAAGAGUGGUUGGGAUCAAUAUGGUAUCGCCAUGUCCCGGCCGAGCUCCAACAUUAUUGUCAGGAGAGUUUCCGGCACUACGCCGACCUGUUCUGGGGUCGGAAUUGGUAGCGAGAUGUCUGGUGGAAUUUCAAAUGUAACUGUUGAGGAUUUGCAUGUUUGGGAUUCAGCAUCUGGGGUGCGUAUAAAAUCAGAUAAAGGUAGAGGGGGAUAUAUAGCAAACAUCAGUUUUAGUAACAUAACCAUGGAGAGAGUCAAGAUACCCAUAAGGUUCAGUAGAGGCUCUAAUGACCACCCUGAUGAAGGAUGGGAUCCCAAAGCUGUUCCAAAAGUGAAGGGUAUUUCUAUAAGUAAUGUGAUCAGUUUAAAUUCAACAAAAGGACCCAUACUGGAGGGCAUUGAGGAUGCAAUAUUUGAAGAGAUAUGCUUUAAAAAUGUUACACUUCUUGGCUUAGCUCCAUCCAUGACAUGGAAGUGUGAAUUUGUUUCAGGAUUUUCCAGUCAGGUGCUUCCAAUGCCAUGUCCACACUUGCAGAACAAUGGCUCUCCGUCCUGGUGUUCACACAGCUCAUAACUUCUUUGGAAAGUUCCAGAUUUUGUAUAUUGAGAAAAGUUAGGCUUGAAUUUUCAAAGGUUCACUUGAUCUACUUCGCAGCAGUCAUGUUAUGAGAGAUUUGAAUCAGUGAUCAGAUUGUUGGCAGUUCAUAUGAAUUUGUUUCCUUCACAUGGGUGAGUGAGAUGUCAAGCUGGUGUACCUAUGAGCUUAAAGGGAACUGCAGGUCAGAUAUCGGCCUUUUGACAUCAAAGCAGCUUUCUUGUGAAGUUGGAACUGGCUUGUCCUGACAGGUUUUUCUGAUGAUUUCCAUAAAUGUUUUGUUUCAGUUAAUCACAGAUGUUACACAUUCAACCUUGAGAGAGAGAGAGAGAGAGGGAGAGAGAGGUAGGCUGAACAUGUAUAGAGAUACAUAGGUGAAAUGUAAUACAUAUAGAACUUGAAAUUCAUUUCAUUGAUGAGAAGCUCAUGUUAAAAUUUGAAAGGUGACAUUUUUUAUCUGCU